CAAGCUCCCGAGCUGUUGCGGCGGAUGCCUCACUGUUUCUCUGAGUGCUCUUUGAAUGCCGUGUGCUCCCUUUUACGGAUGCUCAGCGAUUGUUCUCUUCGAGUCAAGGAAAGGUGCCCAACGGAAUGUGUUCUUUCGCUAACCAACGGGUCUGUAGAAUCUUGUGAAAAAGAAGAGUGGUGUUUCCUUUGCUGCUGAAGCGGGAAAGAGUGUGGGUUUAAACCUCGCAUGAGUGCAUCGGAAUCCGUGUUUCGGAAAACAUGCUGCGGAUGCUGCGCUUCCAAUCCUUGUGCCGUGUAACUUUAGGAUUGUGGAUGAUACUCGUCGCGGGUGUGCCAAGGGUUGCGGCGGUUGAAUACCCCGAAAGGCAUGCGCUCGUGGGAGCCACAGCAUUUCUUCCCUGCAACAUCACGCCACCAACAGCGGAUGAUGCCGUUGCUUUGGUGCUCUGGUACCGAGGUGACUCUGGAACUCCCAUCUUUAGCCUUGACGCUCGCAACUCACCGCCGGAUCCCGAGCGCACUUUUGUUGACGAUUCUUUGGGUUCUCGCGCGGUGUUCAACCGCAGUGGUCCAAUGGCCAUGCUCAGACUUCAGCCGGUCAAGGACGUGGACGACGGAGAGUACAGGUGUCGCGUCGACUACAAACGGUCCAGGACGCAGAACAGGCUCGUGCGUCUUAAUGUUGUUGUUCCUCCUGCGGAGGUGAUCAUCGCCAAUAAGACGGGAGAACCGCUAGUAAAUCGUCCCAUCAUUGGACCCUUCAACGAAGGAUCAUCGCUCAUUCUUGUCUGCAAAGCAUUAGGAGGUCGUCCUCCUCCUCGCGUCACGUGGUGGCUCGGUCCACAGAUGGUGGACGACACCGACUCAGCUCUGGGGGAGGGCAUCGUUCGCAACGACCUGGUCAUCUCUAAGCUGAAGAGGACAGACCUCAUGGCCACGUACCGUUGCCAGGCGAGCAACAACAACGACACCGUGCCCAUAUCCACGUCUGUCUCCCUCGACCUGAAUCUCCGUCCCUUAGUCGUUCAAAUCGUUACACCACGGACGGGUCUUAUAGAUGGUCAGUUGGUUGACAUUGAGUGCCAGGCGGAAGGAGCUCAACCGCAGGCCGACAUCACGUGGCUUCUAGACGGGCAACCGUACAACGAAUCCCGGAGCACGUUGGCUGCAGACGCCAGCAGGACUUCCUCAAUCCUGCACCUGGAAGCGAAGCCAGAACUGAAUGGGAAGCGGAUUUCGUGCAAGGGGUUCAACCCUCACCUGCCAGACAGUGACCUCCAAGAUCACUGGUUGCUCAACAUUAAAUUCAAACCAACUCUGCAGUUAAAUAUGGUGACGACAACCCCUAACGAUCAGAUCGGCGAAGGGAGCAGUGUCUACUUCGACUGCAACGUUCAAGCCAACCCUCCAGUGCUAGAGGUGGGUUGGCUUCACGAAGGCUCCCAGCUCAGUCCAGGGCCAGGAGUCCGUUUGGAACCCGUGCAUCUCGUCAUCGACCACGUACGUCGUCACCAAAGGGGGAAUUACCAGUGCGCAGCCACGAAUGAAUUGGGGCACGGCGUUUCGGAGAAGGUCUUCCUCAUGGUGUACUACGCUCCGAAGUGCCGCGAGAAGCAGAAGAUGACAUAUCACGUUGCGAAGCACGAAACCAUGCGAGUGUCGUGCGAAGUCGAUGCCGAUCCCUCAGACGUCCGUUUCGAGUGGCAAUUCAACAACAGCCAGGAGACACUGGACUUGGUGGCUUUCAACCAGACAGGAUCUAAAACUAGCUCCGCCUUCUACACACCCAGACGGAGAGCAGACUACGGAAAACUCAUAUGUAUUGCCUCUAAUUCUAUUGGCAAGUCAGCGCAUCCCUGCAUCUUCAACAUCGUUCCUGCUGCGCCGCCUCUGCCACUGGUCUCUUGCGCUGUGCCGGGACAAAGCGAGCAGUCCUUGAGGAUUUCCUGCAGCACUUCUUCCGAGGAAGAAAGUUCCCUUCCCGUACAAUAUAUGGCGGAAGUAUACCGUGAAGGAAAGUUUACCAAGCGGAUCGUAUCCCAAGUGCCAGAGUUUCUGGUAGAAGGACUCGCACCAGGUGCCACAUUCACAGUGCUGGUACAUGCUUGGAACGAAAAGGGCCGCAGUCCGUCUCACACAGUGGUGGCUUCUACACUGCCGUCGUCUAAACCGCUCCCAAGAGGUGAGGCAGCCAUAGUAUCUGCUCCCAGUCCGCUUCUGGGCACUCUGCUCGGAGUGGUUGCCCUGCUCGUCAUCAUCGCCAUGGUCAUCAUCAUCGUUAUGAAGGUCAAGACUGGAAAACGCGUUCAAGCCGCCAAAAGACAACAAGAUGACAAGGCGGAUACUCCCCUGAAGAAAGAACUGGGUGAUAUCACCGAAGUUGAAGACAAGUGCCCGGAUAUUAUUCCACCGAAGAACAUUGGAUUUGGUCCCGAUUUCACAGAUAUUGAGCUCAAAUACGUGGAUACCCACAUCACGGACCGAAUACCUGCGUACGAAAACGUUCCAGAGAAAAGUUACAAGGAGGCCUACGGAACCACGAUAGGUCCCAACUGCUAUGGCGCCAAACAGUGCGAGGAGGACCUCACUUACGCUGAGCUAAGCCUACCUCCAAGUACGCACUCUACAUUUGCCAGAAGUGGUCGUCGGGUGAGCGGUACCUAUCGAGCGCCGAUGGGAGCGGUGUCUCCUUUACCACAGCCUCAAGAACCUCCCACAGAGUACGCGGACAUCGACUUCACCGCGACAAGAGCACACGGUAGGACACGAGAUACUGGCGCUAGGCAACGCGAACAGAUCGCUUCAAAAGUACCAAAAGCUCCUAGCACUACGAAGUCGCGAUUCCUAGAGGUGCCUCCUGUCGUUACUGGAAAUGUACCGACAUCUAGCGGUAGUCAUCCUCCCGGCGGUCUCAGAGCACCUACGGGUGCCAAGACAGCUGGUAGUGAGCAGGGUCCUAGCGGGGUGAGCGCAACUAGGUUCUCCCAGGUGCCUAGCGGCAUGCAUCAGUAUCGUGGACCUGGCGUUACCAAAGAACCUGGUCCUGCAUCAACAUCUAGAGGUAGCAAGACACCUGGUCCCCAGACGGCUAUUGAGAGCCAGCCGAGUAGAGCAAUCCAGGAUAGCGAAAGGCCGCCACGACGUCCAUGGCCGAAGCCCGUACGCGUGCCUCGGAGAGCGACGUCCCCCAUCAGGCAUCUCCCGUUCUGACGCCGGUUCCUCCUUCGUGCCUACUUGGACACUCUCCGACGCCGGGAGCUCUGGAGGAACACUACCCAUGUGCUAGGCCUAAUUAGGCUUAGUUGUCGUCAUCAAGCACACCUGUUUUACAUUCACCGAAGGGUCCGGUGUGUACCAGUGGGAUCCAGUCCUGUCGUAGGGUCUCAGCGCAGCAGGGUCCCGGAGGUACUUGCAGACAGGUUGCAUCAAGCUCAAGUCCAGUGUCUUCGAGGCAGUCGUGAUGUUUGUGCAGGAGAGCUCUAUCUGUGACAGAUAGAUCUGCGUUUUGGGUUAGCCUGUGCAUGGGCAGGCAAACUACGACUAGUCGUGAAACCUCAGGAUAUGUGUGUAUGUGUGUGUGUAUGUAGAUUCUUUCGUCUGCCGCCGAAAUACCAAAAAAAGUCCUGCAAGAAACUGAAGACCGUGGGAAGGGAAGCUUUGGUUGUUUAUUUGAAAUCUCGUGGAGAAUCGGUGGCUUAGUGUUUCAGUCACUGUUAUCUCGUUACAUUACAUCAAACAUUGGCUGACAUCACGUACCACACAAACUGGACACGGGCAUCAAUCAGCUCGCAAUCACCACUCUUCACAUUUCGAUGUCGACUGCGCCACGUGUGAGUACCACGGCGGGUGCAAUCUGUUAUUUCGAGCACUUGAUUUGCCAAGGACUUCAUAUAUUUCCUCAUUUUCGCACACGACUGACUGACACACGUAACACUUAUAUUAGAUCCUGUUGUGAAACGGAUGCCAUGAGACGAUUUAUGCUUUUAAACUACACAGAUCACAGAGACACAUGCACCCACAUACGCACUGUCAGGUAUCCGCACAUCCUUCGGCCUCAUUAGCGUAAUUUUUGCGCUACAGACGGAACGCGUAUAUUUCGUAAAUACACACCCAUUCAUAUGCAGAUUCUUUACAGAAAUAAUUGCGUUGCGGUUACAUUCCGCACCCUUUAUAAUGCAUUAUGAAAUUUAGAGACCACGGUUACACAUCGUGUUGCGAGCACAUAUUCCGUACACAUCACCACCAGCAACGGGGUAUCGCCAGCGUAUUUAAUUGUUGUCUCAGCAUCUUUUUUCAAAUCGUUUUCUCCGAACAGACUUCCUGGCAACCUGGAUCGCGCUAUGCCACACCUUGCUGAGGUCAUCGUGUUGCAUCUUCUAGUCGUGAUGGUUCUUUGCCUCAACGAAAUUUCUCAAGGAGGUUUUCUGUUGUAAGGGACACCUUGUCGUUGGGUUCCCUUUUUUUAAAUAUUGCCCCUUGCGGUGUUUUAGUUUCUGUCGUUCCGCUUCUAAAGGACGGCCGACCGCAUCUCUUUCAGUCAUUUUCGCUUCCCAAGUAACACAUGGCGGUAAUAGUGAUACACCUUUAGUGUCCCUUCACGUGGAACCAUGUAGCUGAUGACAUCACCUAACCUAGUUCAAUAGAGCUUCUCUAAUAUUUAGGGGCGCAAAAAUUCUUCUCACAGAUAGCAUUUCUCCUCUUCUUCCUAAGAUAUCGCGGAAGAAGCGACGGAGGAUAGUAUGGUUGAGCCGCCGAAUGAGAAUACGUGCAUUUGUGUCUUGCUUGUGGCGCAUCUGUACCUUUGGCUUUGUCACGACGUGGCUCUUUCGUUCAAAACUGUUUAACGUCACUCUCACAAAAGCGCUUCCCGUUAUCACUUCCCACUAUGCCGAAUGAUGUAACAAUACCGUGAGAGAAGAAUUCUAAUUCAUGUAAAAGAAACGUUGAAGUAACAUACCGGAAGUUACGGCGCUUGUUUUUACUUUCUCUCGUUUGUUAGAUUGAGUUUGGAAUCUCGAAAAAGAUAACAAGGAGCCCUGAAAACUUUUAAAUGAGUUAUGAAACAACUCGCCCACCCAAAACUUCCGACAGAUAAGUUUAACUGGGCUAUGGUGUAUUGGAGAUCCGAAAGGACUCGCCCUCCUUUUGAGCAAUUACAUUUCAAAGCUCAGAGUUAUGUCCCCCUAACAUUACGUUGAGGCGACCACACCUGGGGAAGUUAGUGUCUACACCGAAAAACUGUCAUUGCGAGAGCGACUAUUUCGCUCUCGUACAAACAUAUUUCUGAAUAGUAGUUGAGAUGUCGAGCCGUGUUUGUUUCCACCGAAACGGUUGUACACGGGUUAAUUCCCGUUUGGUGUUUUGCCCUGAGGUCUGUGAAGGCGAAAUUUAUGUACAAUGUCAGACCACAGCAGUACAAGCGUACGAGAAACAACGAGCAAAAAUGGGAAAAGGGAAUGGAAAUAGGGAGUGAGGAAAAUGGGUAAUGAAGGACGGUGCUUCGGUGUUUGACAUUGCACUACGAUAUUGGCCAUUGCAAACGCUGGCAUAGUGGGUUAAUUUCACCCACCGGAGGCUUUGUGACACUGUACAAAAAUGUAUGUUGCGACAGUCGGGGCAUGUAACCAAUUUCCACCUCGCCAUUGAAUAUCCUCUAUACCAGCAACCUUUCCAUAAAGUCAGCAGUCAAAGCGACAGAUAGAUCACAGAGGGAAUGGGCAUUUCCUGACCAAACGAACUACAUCACACUCAUCGCUGUAAUCAGUAGGCAUGUGUGUGUAAUGCAUCGAUGCAGAAACAUCUUAGAUGUCGAGAACCAUUCAGUUCAAUCAUUUGUUUCAACGAAUGAACCGCGCGUCUCACGUACCUGUAAUGUGAUUUUUGCUCCACCAGUCGACCAAUAGUCAGUGAGGCAACGUUGUGAUUGUGAUGAUUGUGACUCGUGAUCAUCACUUGUAGAGACCGCAUAUUCAUCUUGUUGUAUCAUAUCAUGUACGGUGGCACCGAUGCAGUCAGUCGUGUACAUAGAAACGGUUAUUGUGUUGCUAAGUGUUCCGAUCACCGUGCACGGCUCGACUAAAAGCAGUUCAAUGUACGACGCAGAGAUGCGGAAUAUGCGUGACACAAUAAUUAGCCUGGCUACUAUAUAAUUAGCGAGGAUGAGACAAAGGGUGCGUCAUAUCAGUGUGCAUAUGUUGUUGUCCCAAGAUGCCGCGCUACUUGGCACAUUCUUGUCACGCAUUGCACAAAGAACGUCGAAAGUAACGUCGAAAUAACAUUAUCUGGGGAAAAAAAAGGAAAAAGAAGAAAAAUGGGAUAUGGGACCUAUGAAAAUCAUACUCAGAGCACUACAUGAGAAAGUCCUGCGAUACUUGCAAAGCCUCAUUGACACUUAUUCCCAUGCAAGCAACGUUGAAAGAAAUAAAAAGAAGUGCGUGAAGGGCAUCGACCACAGCUGCUGAUUCUUGUCGGAAGCAUUGUAUAUGCGAGACAUAGGCUGUUUUGAGAAUUCAUUGAGAAUGCCGUCUUUGCUGGCACAUCCAGCAUCCGCCACAUAGACUUGCCGGUCGCUUUGUGUUACUGCGGUGAACACUGAGAAUAUUUUGUGGAAUAUAUUAGACAACCAUCUGCUCGGCCCUGCCCAUUGUUAGAGUACAUUUGAUUUUUACUUUAAAUAUAAACGUGAAGCAUACAAGAUGUAACUUUUGUUUCACACUCAACGCACGAUGCAAAAUCCAGCGAACGGUAAUAUGAAUGCAACAGCAAAAGUGGCAAAGCCAUAGGUUCACACAAUUGCGUAUACUGUGUACUUUACAGCGCUCCGUUGUAGACAACAGUCCAAAUGGUAACAACAGGUUACGUAUCCCAAAAGUGACGCAAGUAACCUAUUUUAGGCAGAACAGCAGGGACGCAGCACUUUGACGACAGAUGAUAUCUUUUUUUUUCCCUAUGAAACCUUGUGUCGCCUAAUGCCGUUACCAUUACUGCUUACCUCUUCGAAACUGUCCUCGCAUGUUUACGAGAUGUUCCUCCUAGUAUUGGUUCCCUGGGUGUUGCGUGUUGAAAGCGCUUAGCAAGUGCAACAACGUGUGCAAAAAUAUGAGGGUAACUGUCUCGGGAGGUGGAGUAACAUUUGUGAGAAAACGGAAUCGGACGCUUCGAUAUAGAGUAAUCCUGAACCUUCUCGGGUUGAAUCCAUCCUAAAGAUCUCGCCACAAAAAUAAUAGAUCAGAUAAGACCGUGACCUGUUGUCACAUCACAGUGGCAUAGUAUUGCAUGCAAACAUAAUAUGCUCGUAUGACAUACAUGUGUGAUUGCUAUUCAUAUAUUCAAUCUUCGAACAUGUUCAAACUUGAGACACCCGUGAGCGAUUAGUAACUGGAUUAAACUGGAAAUAUCCCUUUUUGAGAAGGAUUUGCGUUAGUUUAUGUUCACGUGGGCAUACUUCGUCGUAUUUUUUACGCGUACGGAAUUUCAUGUACGGAAUGUCAUGUUCCUCACGCAUAUGAUUGAAAAUAUCGCGUUGACAUAAUUUGGGGGAAAGGACCUCGCACUGCGACGAACGUAAAAUAUUUUCGCUCGGUUUUAAUGCGCACUGUUGCACUUGAAAAAAAAAAAGGACGCGACUGUGAGCCAAUUAGUGAAGCCAUCGACUGCAAGGCGAUUACUCAGUGUGUAUGCAUUCCGGUAGGACGGCACCUGCAUGGACAGAGCUUCAUUCCGGCGGCGGCCGUGAUAGAGACGUGGUAGCUUGAUUGGAAUUGAAGGACGUGUGCUUAAUCUUCGUACGGUAUCGGAUGCCUGAUCAUUAUUUCUGAGACGAUCGUGCGCUCUCCUCCUUGUGCGUCGUCGUGUUCCACUGACUGUCGCUGCCGCAAACAUUCAAACUGCAUUGGAGAAAAAGUUUCUUCCUUUACGGCGUCUUCUAUCUCCUCUACUUUCAGUUCAGGCUCAGUUGCGUUGAUGUCGACAUACUAAUGAAACAAGCAAAAUGGAACAUUUGCUGCAAAACUUUCGAAGUAUGUGUCAACUACCCCAGCUUCUUCCGUUACUACAAUAUAGCCGCAAUAAUUUUUAAGUACGUCAACAUACUUUUUCCAAUCAAGGAGAGCAUGGGGGUAGCUUUCACUCACGUUAAAGGAGCACUGAACUGAAUACAAAAUAUGUUUUGUUUUCCGCGGCGGCGUGUUCUGCACGAGUAAAAUGGGCUCCUGCGAAAGAAUGGUGAGCGCUGGUGACCUACAGAGCACGCGCAAGGCUCUGUUCCGCACGUCUUUCAAAAUCAUCUCCUCGUGCAAAGAGCGCAUCGCCGAACGAGAGGACGUCGUGACGUGUCAUGGCCUGCAUCACGUGACCAGUAACGUACAGCGGCGCAUCUCAAGCAUGUAUAAGGGCCGCGCGAGUGGAGGAGAAAAAACAAAGAGAAAAGGCACAGAGACCUUUCCACGUCACGCGAGGAUCGUGUCCGCAGCUGCUCUCUCCGACUGUUUUUGGAAAUUCGAUAGCGCAGUGACACUACACUGCAGAACGGAAACACUUUGCAUGGACUCCUGGUGGACAGCUUCACAGAUGAGGCAGUGUUUCGACUUUCGAGCGAUGUUAAAUGUCACUUCAUUGCUCCUUUAACUUUAAUUUUAAGUCACAUGAAUUUAAGCGAUCUGAAAUAAGGUAACAGGUCGGGACAACAUAACGCAACCGACGCUGAACACGUCCGAUAUGUACUUUCACAGAACUUCGACGCUGUGUUGGUACUGUAUAUCUCAAGUUUGCUUUAAUACAGACCCUCUUGACAAAUGCGGUCAAGAGCAUUUCACUUUUCGCAUGCUGGUUUUUCUUUUCGGGGCCACGUACACGCCACGCCAAUUAGUACUUAUUUUCAUUGCGUAUUAUUGAAUACUCACUGGUCAAGAUAUCGGGUUGUGCCACCCCAAUGAAUGAUCUUGGUUGAUUGCUAACAAGACAUAGCGGAGGAUAGUGACAUAACCCUCCUGCAGACGAAAACGUCUUCAGGGCAUACAGAAUGUACACAAGUGCAUUGUGGUCACAUGAUCCAAUAGCAUGUAAGCGGAAUACGGAGCAUAAAAGCAACAUGUGGCGCAAACAGCACGAUUUGUGCAAAUGUCACACUUGCUCCUAGGCUUCUUCAUCUUGAGCACGUCAGCGUUAGCUUCGGAUUAGACACAGUUUCUCGAAGGUUGCCAGGAAGCUGUAUGUGGGCAUCAUUGAUAUGACGCCAAACUUGUACAAUGAGCACAUUGUUCACACUUGCAUUGCUGUUAGAAACAAGAAAGCACACACGUUGUAAUUGACGCUCUUAAUAGAUAAUUGCACUCCACCACUUCGACACAUACGUAAAAAAGAACGCUUUAUACGUUAAGUCUAUUCACUAAACUAGUCAUGCAUCGUUUUUAGCGCGCUUUUUAUGCAUUCUUUUCAAGAGCGAUGUCCUUACACAUUCUGAAACAUCACUCUUGCCCGGUCGCACUGCUACAUAACAUGAUCCACGCCCAUUUCGAAAGCUUCUUUUUUCUUACGACCAUCCCAGUACUGGGUACAACGCUGGACAUAUGUAUAAACGUUCUCAACCAAUGUUGCCCUGAAAUUGCUUGUGAUGGUGCCCACAGCGCCUGGUGCAUAAGACUCUUCUCAAAAAGUGCGCGGAACUUCGCCUUAUACCAACAGCUCCGUGUGUGUGUUUGUGCAUAAUGCGUAUAAUGAGCCACGGAACUGGGAUUUCGUCACGUGAUCAUCCAUCUGUGCCUUCCGCGAGACAGUGUUAGGGUGUUUUAACAAAGAGAGAGUUUGUGAAAGACAAGGCGGUUUUGAAACGCUAAUAACUGGUUAUUACUACUUCGAGAGCGCACGAGGACGUGAAAGGCGUCGUGUAAGGUAUAUGUCUUGUGUUAAACCUCAUGUUGGUACUAUAAAAGAACAUUUAUGAAACGGUUUCACAUUUCUUUACUCAUUGCAAAUAAAG